GGCACACACACUGCUGGUAGGAUGGCGGCUCAAAUUCCAAUCGUGGCUGCCACUUCUACCCCCACCAUAGCCAGGACCAGCAAGAAGAGGCCAGCCAGCCCAUCUCACAACGGCAGCGGAGGGGGAUACGGUGCCAGUAAGAAGAAAAAGCUGUCUGCCUUCAGCUUUCCUCAGGGUGUCAGCAUUGAAGCUAUGAGUGAGAAUAAAAUGGCAUCCUCUGAGUUUAGUUCGGGGCCUGUGGAAAAAGCUGCCAAACAAUUGCCAUUUAAGGAUCCCAACUUCGUGCACUCUGACCAAGGUGGUGCAGUAGCUGGCAAGAAGAAUAGAACCUGGAAGAACCUCAAACAGAUCCUCGCUGCCGAAAGGGCAUUGCCAUGGCAACUGGCUGUACACAUGCAGACAAACUCUCAUUCAUACAAAGAAAAUAUAUUUUUUAAAUUGUAUUUUCUUCUUAAGACCACACUGAUAUCCAAGCUGCUCUGA